UUUUUGUAGCCCGUCACUAUUACGAUUCACCCUUCAGGGUUUAUUUUUUAUCCUUGACGUGUGCUCUCUGUCUAUGAGUGAGCAUAGUAUUACAAAAUAUUUCAAAUCUGCUGGUCUGAGAAAAGCCAAUCCGUAUUUGGAGAGGCUUGUCGGUAAGCAUGAGUCACCCGAUUUGAUUCGAAAUAGUUGCGAAAUGCAACCAUCUCCUAUUCUCUCGAUUGCUUCUCGCUGUUUGCCCAGGUCUUCCAAUCUAUCCAAAAGGAAAUCGGCCGUUCCUCGUCAGAAGGGAUUUUCCAAAAAUAAGCGUUAUCAGCAAUUGACUUUAUCUCUUGGUCAGACGCAAGAAUAUGAGUGUCCGCAAUGCCGUAUGCUUUACUGCAAAGGAAGUGCCUCAGACGAAAAAUUGCACGCAAAAUACCACCGAGACUUUCAUGAGCCCAUAUUCAACUUCUCUACGUGGCGCCCCCACCAGGUAUUGUACGAAUCUGACGACCGAACAUCAGUCAUUCUAGUUAUGGAUCACCAAUUGACUCUUACCGAGAAGAGUAGACUGGCAAGUAUUCUGAGUUUGGUAGAUACCCUUUUGUCCUUUUCGUCAUCUGGCCCUGAGCACGUCCUGAAAGAUGGUGAAAAAGUGUAUUUGUACAUUCAACAUCACAAGGUGGUCGGUGUGCUAAGGGCAGAGAGGAUUAAAGAGGGAUUUCGUCUAACACCUUGUCUAAAAGCAGACGAUGCAUUUAGCGAGAAGACAGCGCCUGCUCCCAAUAACGGUCGUGUGGGUAUCGGCCCGAAGGAUUGGAGUGCUCGGAUGAAUGUAGAAGAUGAAAUUAUAUCGGUGGUGCCGAUACCCGAAAAUGCUAGUUUGGGAAUUAGCCGAAUAUGGGUGUGUGAAUCAGCAAGAAAAAAAGGGAUUGCGAAGAAGUUGGUCGACACCUGUCGGUCAAGUUUUUUUUUUAGCUGCGUUGUACCCAAGUCAAGCUGUGCUAUGUCCCAGCCAACGGCCGACGGACGUAAAUUUGGAUGCCACUACUUUGAGACAUCAGAAUUUUUGAUUUACAGCCAUCGAUAAAAUCUUUUUGUCGAUCAGAAGAGGUUACCUCUGUGUAUAAUACGCUAAAAACGUGUGUAGAAGAUCUAUAAAAAGCACUAGCUGCCUAGUGGCAAGCGGGAAAUACACACCGCUUUAUAUUUGGAAACCCUCACAGUCGUCCUCUCUACCCGAAGAGGACCUAAAACGAUAGAAAAGAGAUGGACGCGACGCCAUACGACAAUAUUCCCUUUUUCACCAGGCGCCGCAAGCUUUAUUUUCGACACGAGCUUGAUGGGUCUCCUGAAGACCAGGGGACCCCCUUGCAUUACCAAGUUGCAGGACCAGAUGAAUAUCAACUGGAUCUCAAAGAUAAUUACAACGAAUUUACCCUAGACGAGGACCAGUCGUUAUGUCAGGAACUGAAAUUUUUGGAAAACGCAUCUCUAGGAAUACGUCACAUAUACGAAGAUCCGAAAUCUACCGUGCCGUCGCCCUUGAAUGAGUGUUUGUACGAUCGGAGCGUACUAAGCAUAGAAAAGUCAUACGACCAAAAUGGGGAGUGCCAAGAGAUAUCUAAGAGCGGAGAGGUGAAUGAUGGCUUUUAUCCGUUGAAAGUAUCCUACUUAGAAUCCGACGUCUCGUCAGAGAACACAUAUGGCAAAUUGGUACAAAGUCCCGCUUACAUUAUGGACUCUGCCACGGGAAUCACGGAGAAGCUGCCUCGGUACUCAGCAGAGGAUGUGAAUGCCAUGUGGGAUUGGAUGGCCCAUCAUCAGGAAUGCGGAAUAGGCGGUCCGGUCGGUCUUUGGAAAUUCGCGUUGUAUAAGAAUUUGUCUUUCACCUAUAGCCAACCUUCCUCUCCCGUACGCCGUCGAACGGCCGCAUCUAUGGCAUCGAAGUACAAUAAAGUGGUUGCAGCAGCCGAAUGUUCAUGCCCGAAGAAUUUGCUUGCCUGGAGGGCGUUUGUGAGGGCAUCGGAGCCGUUAACUCGACUUCGGCGUUGCAUGCACGACAACAUGCACAGAGGCGUCCGUCAAUCCGAAGUACAAUAUUACUACAUCAUGGACGACGUAUAUUGGCUGCACGAAUCUCUCAGACUGGGUGAAAUCAUUCCAUAUGAAUCGGAUAGCGAGAUACUAGAGGACGAUUUUGACCCGAAAAUUGAGGCUCGUCGCCACCUCGGUCUGAUCAGCGCCCUGCAUCUCGCUAUCCUUCACCCGAAUUACGAGCGACUGAAAGGGAAAAUUCUGAAGACGUUGGGAUCUUCGAUCAUUCAAUGGCUGCGGAAUUCGAGCACGUUAAAAAACAUCAUGUCGCAGUUUUUGGUGCCGGGUAUGCUCACAAACUGGCUCGAGAUGGCACACCAACAGAGUCAGUCGGAAGACCCGGAUGUGGGGAUUUACGAGUUGGCCAUCAAAUUGGGCAUAUGGGCGGCAAAAACAGGUCAAGGCGAUCUUAGCAUGUGAGCCAGAUCUUCUUCACGAUGGCGCUUCUCAUUAUCUCGCACCUAGAAGGGCGCGCUUUUGCACAAAAGUGUAUUUGAUACGGCUGAACUGAACGGUUAAAAGCGUGUUCUACGAUGCAGAGGAGGAAGUAUAUGUAUAUGGAAGCAAAUACAAUAGCCAUGUAUAAAUAAAGACACUACUGUAAAUAAGUCACCCCA